GCAUUGGAAGUGGUAUGGUUUAUCUGCCCGCAGUGGUCAUGGUUGGGCAGUAUUUUCAGAAGAGGAGAGCACUUGCACAAGGGCUCAGCACCACGGGAACAGGGUUUGGAGCUUUCCUAAUGACUGCCUUACUGAAGUACCUCUGCACUGAAUUUGGGUGGAGGGAUGCCAUGUUCAUCCAAGGUGCCAUCUCUCUGAACCUCUGUGUCUGUGGGGCACUUAUGAGACCACUCGCUCCCAGGGACCUUAGUGAAAAACACGUUGUGAGAAGUACUAGUGAAGAUAAUCAGGAAAAAGCUCUGUCCCAUUCCACAGAGACUUUAAAAUCUAAUGGAGUCCUCAGUGAAGAACCAGAGAAAAAAGAAGAGGCAACAAAUGAAGAAGUGCUUAGCAGUGUUCAGCACAGAGAGGCUGGAGGUAAAUCUGGAAGCGGAAGGAAUAUGUAUGGACUGCGCAUUCUGAAGACAGUGAGCCAGCUGACCAUUACAGUCAGGAAAGGCUUUGCACUGUGGUACUCCAGCUACUUUGGAGCUGCAUCACUUUUUACCAAUAGAGUAUUUGUGGCCUUUAUAAUUUGGGCUUUGUUUGCCUAUAGCAGCUUUGUCAUUCCCUUUAUCCAUCUUCCAGAAAUAGUCAAGCAGUACAACUUAUCUAGGCAGAACAAUGUAUUUCCUUUGACAUCCAUUAUAGCCAUUGUUCAUAUUUUUGGUAAAGUGAUCCUUGGAAUCAUCGCUGAUCUCCCGUGCAUCAGCACAUGGAAUGUCUUCCUCAUGGCUAACUUUACCCUGGUCAUCUGCAUUCUUACUUUGCCACUAAUGCAAACAUACGUUGGCCUGGCUGUGGUUUGUGCUCUAAUAGGAUUUUCUAGUGGCUAUUUUUCUCUAAUGCCUGUUGUGACUGAAGAUUUGGUUGGAACUAAACACCUUGCAAAUGCCUAUGGCAUCAUCAUUUGUGCCAAUGGAAUAUCUGCAUUGUUUGGACCACCCUUUGCAGGUUGGAUCUACGACAUCACACAAAAAUACGACUUUUCGUUUUACAUAUCUGGCUUGCUAUACAUGGUGGGAAUAAUAUUUUUACUCAUACAACCUUGUAUUCAAAAGAAAGAACCAAGGGAAAGAUCUACAGAAGAAGCACAAGCAUAGAACAAAUUCCAGAAGCUUUUUUACAGAACAUUUUUGUUUUCAUGUUUCUAUCACGACAGGAUGAAGCUGUUUUUCUUAUGGAACCAAUCACGUUGAGCUGUAUUUAAGUAAAAAGCCAAUGUGCUCCGUAA